GUGAAUCAGCAGUUUUUGUGUACGAAACGGUCGAAUUGAGAAUGGCCAAUAAAGUGGCCGCUACCGUUGUCGCUACCCUCGUAGUCCUGCUGGCGUUGAUGGCCAUCGAUGCCGGAGCAGAUCUCGUCAGAGUCACGCUGCAUAAGGCACCAUCGGCCCGGGAGCAUUUCCGCAGUGUCGGCACCGAAAUCAAGCAGCUCCGUCUGAAGUAUGGCUCUGCAACUGGCCCCGUUCCUGAGCCGCUGUCCAACUAUCUCGAUGCUCAAUAUUUUGGUGCCAUAUCGAUAGGGACCCCACCACAGAGCUUCAAAGUUGUUUUCGACUCAGGCUCAUCGAAUCUUUGGGUACCGUCCAAGCAGUGCUCGUUCACGAAUAUCGCCUGCUUGCUCCACAACAAGUACGACGCGAAGAAGUCGUCUACCUUCGAGAAAAACGGCACGGCCUUCCACAUCCAAUACGGCACCGGCAGCCUUUCGGGGUACCUUUCCACCGACACCGUGACCGUCGGCGGAGUGGCAGUGGACAAGCAAACGUUUGCAGAAGCUAUCCAGGAGCCUGGGCUGGUGUUCGUUGCGGCCAAGUUUGAUGGGAUCCUAGGCUUGGCGUACUCAUCGAUCUCCGUGGAUGGCGUGACUCCCGUCUUCUAUAAUAUGUUCAACCAGCACAAAAUUGAUGAGCCAGUGUUCUCAUUCUAUCUGAACCGCGAUCCAUCGGCAGCCGAGGGUGGUGAGAUCAUCUUUGGCGGUUCCGACUCGAGCCACUAUACUGGUGACUUCACCUAUCUGCCCGUCAGUCGCAAAGCUUACUGGCAGUUCAAGAUGGACUCGGUGAAGGUGGGUGAGAGCGAAUUCUGCAACAACGGUUGCGAAGCCAUCGCCGAUACCGGCACCAGCCUUAUCGCUGGUCCCGUGGCGGAGGUAACGGCCAUCAAUAAGGCUAUCGGUGGAACGCCAAUCCUCAAUGGCGAGUACAUGGUCGAUUGCUCUCUGAUACCGACACUGCCCACGAUCACGUUCAUGCUCGGUGGUAAACCGUUCUCGAUCGAGGGUGCCGACUACAUUCUGCGCAUCGCUCAGAUGGGAAAGACCAUCUGUCUGUCUGGAUUCAUGGGAAUCGAUAUUCCCCCACCGAACGGUCCACUGUGGAUUCUGGGCGAUGUAUUCAUCGGCAAGUACUACACCGAGUUCGACAUGGGUAACGAUCGUGUCGGCUUUGCUACGGCCAUUUAGGCGACCAACUACUCUUCCACCUUCCGGAAUGGGGAUUGCAGCGCUAGAAGGAGAAACCAAAUGGAGCUUUUACUUUCGUUUAAGGAAUAAAUUUUCAUGAAAUCGGGGAUAAAGUUUGAAAAUCUCUUA